UCUUUGUCUUUAGGUGAUUGAACUGAUCAAGUGAGAUGAGGAUGAAGAUCAUGAUAUAAACAGGUAACAUGAUGGUUUGAUUGAGUGGGUAAAUUAAGAAGAUUUAACAAAACAAUGAAAGGGAAAUGUUAAUGUAGACAAAGUUGUAAUCAAAGAGAUUGCUAGUUCAAUGUUGAUUGAAAAUGACUAUUAAAGUCUGGGUUGGUUUGAAAAUAAGUGAAAUGUUGAACUUGUACACAAGUUAUAAACUGGCUUAAAAUAGGAAGCAAAAUAAGGAAGAGGAAGAAGAUGAAGAUGAAAAUGAUGUAGGAGAAGGGCUGAAUAUGAGGUGAGAAUGAGGGAGAUCAAAGGUAAGAUGAAGAUGAUCAAGUUGGUCCAGGGAAAGUUGAUUUAACUGUAAAUUUUGGUUCCCUCCAAGAAUUGAACAGUUUUCAUUUUCACAUAAAUAACUGUGUUUGCUCAGGAGAUCGAAGAGCAAGUUUAGUUGCCGUUAGGAAACAAUUAUGGAACCAUCGAUUAAUUAUUGGACUUUUUAUUUUACUGUAACAAGUGUUUGCUUGAUUGAACUAUUAACCAAUGUAAAUGGACAUGGACGAAUGUUUGAACCGCCGGCGCGAAAUACAAUGUGGAGAUUUGGUUUCCCUUCAUUUCCCAACUAUGAGGAUAGUGAACUCUUUUGCGGAGGAAUAAAGGUUCAAUGGCAAGACAAUGGAGGUAAAUGUGGUAUUUGUGGUGAUCCAGCAAAUGGAAGACGUGAUCAUGAAACUGGUGGUGUUCAUGCUAGAAAUAUUACCACGAGAUCUUAUCCACCGGGUUCAGUCAUUGAUGUGGCCAUUGAUACAGUCACUAACCAUGGUGGAAGAUUUGUUUUUCAAAUGUGUUGGAGGGAUUCAUGGGAAGUUAAAGAGACUGAAGAGUGCUUCGAGACGUUGAAGCUAAAAGAUGGAUCCGAUACAGUUAGUGUUAACAAUAGACCUCGAGCUGGUUUAUUUAUAUUUCCUGUUCAACUUCCACCUGAAAAAACUUGUAAAAAAUGUAUCCUUCGUUGGCAUUGGUUAUCAGGUAAUAAUUGGGGGCUUUGUCCAAAUGGUACUUAUGAAGUUGGCUGUGGACCUCAAGAAACAUAUAGAAACUGUGCUGACAUUGCGGUUACACAUGAUUUAGGAAUCCGAGGUCCACAUUUACUUGAACCUUCUGAUUAUCGUCGUCGAUUUCUCCAUAGAUGAUCAUCUUAAAUUGUUGUUUUAUUUUCUCACAUCAGCAUCAAUGAUCAAUUGCUUGAUCGUUUUUGAAUCCAAAUAUUAAUUUAUUGCCUUCCAAUUGAUCCAAACUAUUCAAAUGUAUAUCAUCAUAUUUUUUUAAUCACUAAUGUUCAUCAGCGAUAUGUAAAUUAAAAUUUUAUUUAUUUUAACACUAAGCAAUCAAUAAAAUUACUAAACAGUGAAAAUUAGUUAUUGAUAUUCAAAAGAUUUCC